GAAACGGAUCGUUUGAGGACGAUUAUUGCCAUGGCGUUCUGCAUGAUGAUGUACUCGAUCUUCUCGUCGAGCUUCGACGCGCUGGUCGUGCUUUCCUCGCCCAGAUGUAGCCCCACCACCCUGGUCGACAUCCGAUAUAUGUCGCGCGACCACGCGCUUUGCGACUUGAAGACUGUAACACUGACUCGCCUUGCUACCGAUACAACGUUGAUGCCAACCUGAAUUGACCUCUCGUCCUGAUCACUCCAAACAUCAUAAUGCAGGCAGCCUCACAGACACAGACCGAGGUCGACUCGAAAGACCGGUUCUUUCAAUACUUUCGGCAUGAAGUUACAGCACUCCAGGAGCAGAUGGAACGUCUGAACAGCAUAGCGACUGGUGGAGGCGAACGCAACGACGCUGUAGACCACUGCCUAGCAGGGAUAGACCGUCUAUCCCACGAAGUCAAGGACGCUUCAAGUUACAUUCCAGCAUAUGAUCAACGAACAUAUAGCGAGGCAAUCAAGGCUCUCUCCGAAAAACUCCAAAACAUCCGCCAGAACUUCAACCCACCUAAGAAGUUCGCCUUCAAAACCCGCAAGAACGCCCCCGCAAUCUCCAUCUCAGAUGCCGCCGAACUCGCAGCAUCGCAACGCCUCCGUGCCCCAAUCAUUACCUCAGACACAUCGAACGCAGACCCUUCCUUCGCGCCGACACCGCUCGACAGGCUAUCCCCCGGCAAGCGAAAAGAGCAGGAAGCAGCCCUGAGUCUGCAGAACGGGACAGCUAUCGUAAGCGAUGGCAUCGAUGACACAAACGGCGGCGUCCGACGCCCCUCGUUCUCUGCCGCAACAAGCAUCAACAUAAACAACCACAACGCCAUCGACAUCAUCGCUCCUGCGUCCGCUUCACACGCAACAAGUUCCGGCACAGUCACAAAUCUGAUAAGCUGUGUUGUCGAUUUAAGCGCUCCAACGUCCGUAUCCCCCUUCUCAGCGCUGUAUCUCAAGAACAUAAUCUCCAGCACCAUCGUCACAGGAUCCGUAGCAGGCGCGACGCACAUCACCGACAUCGCCAACACAAAACUUUACGUCACAACUCGCCAGUUCCGCAUGCACGGCGCGAAGAAUGUAGACGUGUACUUGCACUGUGCAAGCCGACCGAUCAUCGAGGACUGCGAGGGCGUGCGGUUUGCGCCGUUGCCGGAAGAGCUGGUUACGGAUGAGGUGAGAAAGGUGGAGAAUCGGUGGGAUCAGAUUGAUGAUUUCAAGUGGUUGAAGGCCGAGCAGAGUCCGAACUGGAGUAUCCUGCCAGAAGGCGAGCGCACGGCGCCUGCGAAGGAGACAUAGAUUAGAGUGGUCCAGAGGUACAGACAACUUGAUCGCACGAAUGGAAAGAGUACACCAUUUGCACAAG